CACAGUCCGACAAGUCUUGCUGGGCUGAGCCCGCACCUCUGGGUUGUCGUGGUCGCCAGGGAAGGGCCCGGGAGGUGGAGGGCCAGGCGCUGGCCCCGCCAUGCUCCGAGGGCUGGCCCGGGUCGCGGCCCUGCAGUUCCCGGCCCCGUGGGCGCGGGCGUCUGGCAGCUGGGCCGGCGUCCCGGUGCACGUGGUGGACCUGCGCAGCGACACGGUGACCCGGCCCGGGCCGGCCAUGCGACGUGCCAUGGCCGAGGCGGUGGUAGGCGAUGACGACUACGGCGAGGACCCCACUGUCGGCGAGCUUCAGGACAAGGCUGCUGUGAUGCUUGGGGUGCAGCAGACCCUGUUCGUGCCCACCAACACUAUGGCCAACCUCAUUGCUGUGAUGUGUCACUGCCGGCGCCGGGGCUCCCAGGUCCUCCUUGGCCAGGAGUGCCACCUCCAUGUCUACGAGCAGGGCGGGACGGCUCAGCUCGCAGGGGUGCACUCUCACCCCCUCCCAGACAUGCCGCACGGUACCCUGGACCUGACUGAGCUGGAGAGGAUGGUUACUCGGGGCCUCGGGAGCCCCUACCACCCGGUCUGUGAGCUCAUCUGCCUGGAGAACACCCACAGCAGCUCGGGGGGCAGAGUGCUCCCCACGGACUACCUGCACCAGGUGCAACUCCUGGCCCAGCGCCACGGGGUCCGCGUUCACCUGGAUGGGGCCCGGCUAAUGAACGCGGCAGUGGCUCUGCGUGUACCCCCUGCCCGCAUUGUGGAGCACUGUGACUCUGUCUCGCUCUGCUUCUCCAAGGGCCUUGGCGCACCAGUGGGGGCCCUGGUAGGGGGGAACAAGGACUUCAUCAGAGAAGCCUGGCGUCUCCGGAAAGCCCUGGGUGGAGGCAUGCGCCAGGCAGGGGUGCUGGCUGCAGCUGCCAUGGUGGGACUGGCCGACGUUGAGGAGAGGCUGUUGAGGGACCACCAGAACGCCCAGAGAUUUGCCAAAGGACUCCAGGAGUUGGCAUCCCCUGUGUGCUCCGUGGAUCCCGCUGCUGUGGAGACCAACAUGGUGAUGGUGACGGUUCAGGGGCUGGCCCCACAGGAGCUCUGCCGUCGCCUACAGGCUGUGAGCACUGAGGAGGUGGCAGAGACAGGCCAGGCGGUACGCGUGCUGCUGUUCCCCUGGACGGAGCUGGCCCUGAGGGCCGUGUGGCACUGUGACAUCUCAGCACAGGACACAGAGCUGGCACUGAGGAAGUGGGAGUUCGUGCUGCAGCAGCUGGGGGCUCUGGGCUCGGGGUGACCAGACCCAGUGCCCUGACACCCCGGAGAGCAGACAGGAGAGUCAGUGAAACCACACCCCCAUUUCCAGAGUCCCCCCAGCUCCUCACACUUGGGGAAACCCCACCCGUGGCCCUUCAGCAGGCUCUGAACACUGGCCUCAUGUCCUGACUUUGUUCCACAACACAGAAUACGACCAUGAAAUAAAUGUAAAAAAAAAAAAAUCAUUUGAUAGGACAGAGAGAAACUGAGAAGGGGGAGAUAGAGAGAGAGGGAGAGAGACAGAGACCUGCAGCAACCACUUGUGAAGCUUCCCCCUGCAGCGUGAGUGGGACCUUUCCGCAUGGAAAUGUGUGCACUCAAUUGAGUGCACCACCACUCAGCUCCCAAAUAGACCUUUUUUAAAGAAACCAGAAAGCGGGCCGGGUGGUGGCGCACCUGGUUGAGGACACACGAUACAAUGCAUAAGGACCUAGGUUCGAGCCCACAGUCCCCACCUGGGGAGGGAAAGCUUCACAAGUGGUGAAGCAGGGCUGCAGAUGUCUCUGUCUCUCUCCCUCUCUAUCUCCCCCUCCCCUCUCAAUUUCUAACUGUCUCUAGCCAAUAAAUAAAUUAAAAUAAUUUUUAAAAAAACAGAAAGCAAAAGUUGCCUGCACGUUAUGUUUAUAUCUGGCUGACUGGCAUCCCCAGAGGGGGACGGGCAUCAUCAGGUUUGUGGUUUCAGCUUAAGUGUCCAAUUUAGGCUCAAGCACAGGCACUGGGGACCCAGGUCUGGGCUGGGAACGCUGCAGGGGGUGUGUGGAGGCAAGUGUCCAUGAGAGAGGGGGAGUCCCUGUGGGCCAGGAAGGCCUGAGGCAGAGGCACCUCUUACUUUGCCUUCCUUCAGAAGAGUCCACAUCCUGAUUCUAGAAUCUGGACUGUGUCUGGAUGCACUCCUGCAGAAGGUCUCUGGACAGAGGGUGACAGUGUUUUGCUCCGUGCACUGUCAGUCAUGGGCUCCUGUUGUCUAUCCUGAACA